CCGGAUGUAAAUCACAUGGAAUUUAUUUUGAACUUUUCACCGUCUGAAAUGUUAUGACUUGAUUAAAACAGUUUAUUAAUUCCCUAGUAUUUGUAACCAAUCGGCAACGGGAGACAAAUUCACAGUUCUCAACUGUUUGGAUGCCGGUUACAGCAAGACUCUCUUUUUUGUAAUAUAGAAAGAAUUAUCUGGCCUUUUUGACAAUGAACGUCACCAAUAAGAAUGGAAGCGUCGAAGGAUCCUUACCUCCACCGAUCGACCAGGAAAAAAUUCAGCUUCUUGAGAAAUCUAAGGCCGAGUUUUCAAAGCAAAAGAAGAUCAAGCUAGUUAUUACUGGCUUACCAGAUAACGUAGAUCUACAGGACCUGAAAUCCAAGAUUUUCCAGGGUUAUGAUGUUAAAGAUUUGGUUAUUGGUCAUGUAAAAAAUACCGCCACAGUUGUGUUUGGAGGUAUUGAACAAGCUCGAUCAGUAAUCAGUUUCUUGAACACAUGCAAGUACCAUGACAAGACUCUAAACGUUUCUCCUGCACCACCAGAAAGUCUCCUUUUUGUAGGCAAUCUACCAUUCGAGUUCACAGAAACACAGUUUGGAGAUCUCAUGAGUCCAUAUGGUAAUAUAGAAAGGCUGUUUCUUGUGCGAAGUGAAGUAACUGGUGAUAGCAAAGGAUAUGGUUUUGUAGAGUAUGCUACUAGAGAGAAUGCAAUGCAAGCUAAACAGCAACUACUUAAUACAGCUUCUAAAUAUAUUGGUGGGAGAAUUCUCAGGGUGGCUUUUGCAGAGUCCAAUCUACUUACGUAUGCUGAUGUACACUCGAGGACACUAUUUGUAGAUCGGUUACCACGAGACUUCAAGAAUGGUGGCCUGAUAAAAGAGCUGUUUUCCCAAACAGGGAAUGUUACAUUUGCACAGGUGGCUAUAAACCCUGCAAAUGGCGGGUCAAGGGGCUUUGCAUUUGUAGAUUAUGCCACUGCAGAAGAGGCAGAGAAAGGUCAAAGAGCUCAUAAUGGAAGGCAGGUGGAGGGGUCAAAUAUCCGGGUUGCGUAUGGCAGCCCCGGCCGAACCGGAGCUAGUAUCCUGGGCAGUCAGCUUGAUAAUACACAGGCUGGAUAUACAACAGUCCCUCAGCCCAUGGACCCUCCUCAACCUCUGAUGGCAGCGCAACCUGUUCCACCUCUGAAUGUUGAACCAAGAGGCUUGCAUAUGACGCACAUGAGACAUGCGAUGGCUUGUGGUCCUAGAAUGAUGCCACGCCCCAUGAUGCAUGGACGAGUGCCCCACAUUAGGGACCCCAGGGCAAUGAUCAGAGGUCCUAUACCCAGAGUUCCCAGACCUCUCUUAGGUCCACCUGGAAUCCGUCCCAGGUUCCGUCCCCAUGGCCCUCCUGCCAGGAUGGGUUUACCGCAGCCUUUGCUUGAGAAUGGCAACCGUGGGGUACCAGUACCACCACAGCCACAGUUGCCAGUUAACACUAGCAAAAUAAAAGUUGGGCAGGGCGCUGCACCGCCCCAUACAGCUCAACAUCAGCAGCCACAACCUCUACCGAUGCAACCUGUACAGCAGCAACCUUCAGCGCAGCAACCGCAACCGUUAAUACCUGGUCUUGUGGGGUAUCAAUCGUCUGUCGGGCAUCCUGUCCAACAAAUGCCAGGACAAGCAGCACCAACAUCUGCCUUUCAACCAAGCCAACAAAUGUUGCGUCAAGCGGCACCAACAGUGACCAGUCAAUUGCAAGCCCCGCCCAACAUACCAGGCCCUCCUCAGUCUUUGCUGAACAUGCCACCUGUUGCCACCCCACCAGGGAACCAGUUCUAUGACCAACAUUUUCGCCACACAUUAGGGACUCCUCCUCAGCAGACCCAGUCUCUCACGAAUGGCACACCUACUCUACCUGUGAGUAAACCACAGGUUGCCAUAACAGCCUACAAUCAUUAUGGCAGAAGUGAUCAGGGAGCAACUACAGCACUUCAGAUGCAAGCCACACCUUACCAUCAGUCGUUAGGGGUGCAGCCGGCUGCUGCUGAUCGAAGACCCAUUCCUCCUUCACAAAGUAUGAGUCAGGUCAACCCGCGACCUUUAAUGCAGGUGCAGCCAACUCCACAGCCAGUCAUUAUCGCUGUUCAACCUCAGCAGCCAGCACCAGUGCCUCUGGCGGUGCAGUCACAAGCUCCGCCUGCUUCACAUAGCAUGCCAGCACAGCCACUGAUGGCCACACCCAUGCCUCAGAUGCAGACCAUGGUGACCACACCUCAGCAGCAGCAGAUGCAGUCAGGAUACUACCAUGCACAGGGUGCAACACAGCAACAACCACCACCACAACAACAGCAGGCUAGCUCUAUGAGUGCCCCUACCCAAUGGCCAUCAUUGUCAACAUCAGCUCUUCAGGCUUCGUCUGCUGCAGUUGCGUACAGUCAGUGGCAGCAGCCUGCUCCCUUGAUGAAUCAGAGCAUGACACAAAUUGCACAGCAGCCAGUGCCUUUGAUGGGACAGGCCACCAACCAGCCCUACCCUGGAUACACACCGGCACAGUAUGCCUACCAGUACCAGCAACAGGCUGCAAACCCUCUGGGCCAGAUUCAGCAGCAAGGAAGUGCCACAGCUGUUGUCAGUAGACAGUACCUAAGUGCAUACCCCAGUGCUGUUACAUACUCACAGUCUCAGAACAUAGGACUUUCUGCAACUGCAUCACCUUCCCCCAUCCCUCAGCACUCAGCAGCACCAGUCAUGUACUCCAGCCAGUACCCAUAGUACCACAGGAAUCCCAGCAAGCAGCAGCUUCCCAACAUGGCAAGAGAUGUCAUCAGGAAUUCCUGGAACAGCGACGAGUUGGCGUCAAACAAGUUCGCGUUAUCUUCUUCUUCGAUGCUCUCUGGUUCCUGUGUAUGUAAGUGUAUCAUAUCAAGCAUAGUUGCCCUUUGUUUUAUCGCUGAGUCGCGUCAUAAGGAAAGAACUUACAACAUAUAUGCAAAUCCACAAUUUGUUUAAUAUUUGGCCGUUAAAAGCUCUUUAAUAUCUAGCUUUCUCGUAAACUCUAAAGAGAUCUUUUUCAAGGCAGCCAUUUUGAAUAGACCCAAGGGACACUUCUGUUACAUUAUCAGGCAUUCUCGCGGUCUCGUCCAAAAGUACUCCACAGACCAUUUGGACAGGGCACAACAUAUGCUGAACUAGAGAACAGAAAUAACAAGCAUCUUGUACGGGCUCAAGCACCGGUUUGCUGCUGGUAUUCAGGGCAGACACGUAACACACGUCAAACAUGUCGCCUCAAGAUUUGUGUUCUACUUUGACAGAAAAUUACAUGCGCAAAAAAAUUCGCAUCAUAAUGGCAAGAGAUUCCAAUGUUGCCUCAAGUUCUGUUCUAGUUUAUCAAUAAACUUGUCAGGAACUUUUGCAAGAGCAAAAAUGUUGCCUCAAGAAUUAUGUUUUAGUUUGAUGGUUUCAUAUCGUUUUCACCUUGAGGGUUUUCGUGGAGUUGACGAUGAAUUCCGUGAUGUCCUUGAUGUUUUUCUGGAUAUAGUCCCUACAUCGCUCGUGCACGAUGGCCGCUUGACCCGACAGCACGAUACCAUAUCCAAAGCGUUUGUCCAGGAUCUUGUUGACUCUAAUUCCUGGUCGAAACAGGUCCUCUUGGAACUCUGCCGCCACCAAAACGUCGAGAAGUAUCCCCCGCACUUCCCUGCUUUCUAGAGCGCGCCGAAGCUCACUCACGUCUUUGUACUGCUGGUCUGAAGAAAAUAAAGGAACACACACUUAACAAGCCCAAAGGGUUGGGAAAUAGGAGAGACGGAGACGAGGCGCGCGCUAGGGAUAGGGGAUGAUUAGCUUCGUCCUUCUCUCCAGGCGCGUGGGGUCUUCCACCAUCUUCCCAAGCUCUUUGAGCUGUUUGCUACGCAGGCUACAGGUGGUCAUAGUGACUCCCUUUUUUAGAAAGGCUGACACAGAUCGAAAAUGCCAAUAAAUAGAUUUAUCAAACAACAGAAUUUGGCGGCCCUCUCGCAAAAUGACUUAGAAAAACUCAUGUUGAUAUUAGAUCAAUUCAAUUUCUUUUGGUCCAAUGGAUGGCUGUGCCAAAGCAUUUUUCGUUUAUUUUCCGAGAAAAUUACUUUUACUCCGAGAAAACAUACUUCUUGCCCUUUAAAGUUUGCUUAUUAGAUUAUUUAUUUGCUGUAAAAAGUCUAAUCGUCCCAGAGUGCAGUCACAAAUCCUUUAUCGAUAUGAAUCAUAUAGAUAAGCAAACCUUCGUUCAUUCGCGCGUUCUUUAGAAUUCCAACUCUGUGUUCUGUCGAGUUAUGUAUUGCUCCAACCUAUAUUAAAAGAACAAAAAUAAACAAAGCUAUAGGGAUAACGACGACAGGUAACAACAACAACAUCCUCAACAACAACGAUAACAGAAACAACAACGACGACAAUUUAUUAACUUAGAGGGAGUGUAUCAAUAUGUGCGUUCACGCUUUUUACGAAUUGGACUGAGAAUUGGACCUGAAGCGCGAAUUUGUAACUUUUUGUUACCUAGUGAUAAGCACCCUAAACGAUACCUGACGUCAGACGUGAAGAAAAAUCCUGGGAGUUCGUACAAAAAGUGGAUUGAUCAAAUUUGUAAAGAAAUAGAACAUUAAUUGUGCGUCAUUCCUCGCAAGACAUAGUAUCAAAUCGAGUUUCUCCUUUUUUAUAAUCCGCGAAUUUAAGUGACUAAGUUACUAUUUGUACGCACAGGCGCGUAUAUUGACCCUAUGAAAUAUUGAGUAAUGUCUACACGGGCUCAUCCUCUGGAUCCCAGGGCGUCGAGGUAAACGUAACGAGGGGUGAGAACAAGUCGGAACCAAUCCGACGGAUUGGAAGAGGAAGAGGAUAGGAGGAUAGGGUUGAUGUCUUCUCCCUCCUUUCUCUUCUCCCCCCACCCCCCCCCCCCCCCCCCCCCAUUCUUACGCCGCCUCGUUACGCUGACUUCGACGCUCUGGGUUUCCGAGGAUGACACGCGCGGCUAUCAGUAGCAGCAGCAGUCUCGUGCUCUACUGACCCGCUCUCGAAUUCUCCCAAACAAACAAAAAAACACCUAGGUUUUUAAAACGCUAUGAAGGCAGACAAAAAUGUUUAACUCUUGAUCAAGUAAUCAUAAUUCAGCGACAUGACGGAAAAACAUGACUUAACGCUUCAAAUAAGCUCAUUUCAGAUCUAA